AUUAAAACAAGUAGUGAAGUGAUGUCACUUCCUAUGAUCCUAUAAUGUCAAAUUUCCAAGUAUUUGUUGUAUAAUCAAGGUUUGUUAUUGCAAAAUCAGACCACAGCGAAAGCAAAAGUGUUUCAAACCUCCUCUUCUGUUUCCUGGUUUUGAUAUAGUUUCUUUACAAUGUAAGAUAAACCUUACAAAGAAAUCUCUUUAGUACAUCUAUUCCGUUACAAUGGAAAGCAGAGCAAGGUUUUGUCAACUGUAAAUAAUGGCUUGUUGCCCAACGGAAGAGAAAUAUGGCUACGACGAUAACAGGUUUGAGAAAGAUGUCGACGAAAACUUUCAUUGCUCGAUCUGCUACAAUGUUCUUAAAGAACCAAGGAUGUGUAGAAAUAAUGAACACAUCUUUUGUCUUGCCUGCAUCAGUGAACAUCUGAAAGUAAAUUCUCAAACUUGCCCCGAAUGCAAUGAACAUUUGAGCGUCGAUACGCUUCGUCGGCCCCGUGUGUUGAAUAAUUAUUUGUCUAAACUGAAGAUUAAUUGUGAUUAUGCCAGUCGGGGAUGUCCUGAGUUUACCUGUGUUGAAGCUCUCAAAACUCAUGUUGCCAAUUGCGAGUUUGCUCCUGUGUUUUGUUCAAAUGAAAAUUGUGGCAUGGAGAUUAACAAGCAAGACAAGGUCCAUCACGAGACUGAAGUAUGUGGAUAUAGGAAAGUGAAAUGUCAUGAUUGUGGACAGACACGGGAAGUUGUGGGAACAUUGAAAGAAACAUUGAUGGAACUGGACGGGAAAGUGCAAACUGCGGAGAAAAAAACGGAAAACAACCAUGCUGAAAUGAAAAAGAUUGUCGGGAAAUUAGAAGGCAGUUUAGUUGGAAUGAAUAAGAGGAUCAACGAAAAGGUAGAAGCAAUAAAGAACCACCAUGAUGAAAUGAAACAAGACCAACACGAAGUUAAGAAAGAAAUGAGAGCUAUGAAAGAAACUCUCUCAAAAGUGAACAAAGAUGUGGACGACGUGAAAGUCAUGAUGAGUCAAAUGUUAGAGAAGUUUAAUAUGCUUGAACUGCUCAGCAAACUGCCAUCUCCGACCGAGAGAAUGCUCAAUACACCUAGGGAAGAUAUAUUGAUUGCAGGUGGCUGGAAUGCGGAACGUAGUGCAGAAAUAUUUUCCUGGGAGAAAAAUGCUUGGUAUGAGAUUUCGCAAAUGUAUGAAGAACAUAUCGGAGCUUCAUCAUUUAUUUAUAAUAAUCAGCCAUUUGUUGUUGGGGGACAUACUAAGACAAUAGAAACCUUGGAUCUCAAUGAAUUAUCUUUGAAAUGGGUGGAAUUUUCUGACAAACUUCCUUGUCAAAGUUAUCGUCAUCAAACUGUUAUUUACCAACAGCGUGUCAUUCACAUUGGUGGACAUAAUCGUGACAAGCGUAAACAUUCUAACGUGGUUAGUGAAUUGCAACUUACCUCACCUUGCGCACUGAAAGAAUUGUGCCAAAUGCCCCAGCCACGAUAUUGUCAUGGCGCUGAGGCGUUUGAAGAUAAAGUCUUGAUUUUGGGGGGAGAAGAUGGUGAUAGUGAUGUUUUGGACAGUGUGUUGGAGUUUGAUCCAGAGAAGAAUGAAUGUAAGGAGCUGCCAUCAUUAUCACUUCCCAUGCAGGAAAUGGCAACAGUUCGCUGGAGAGAUCAAGUAGUUGUACUUGGAGGUCGUGAUGAGUAUCAUCAAAUUUUGAAUGACGUUUUCAUGUAUGACUACAAGACGGGCAAGAUCACAGCCUUACCAUCCAUGUUGGAGAAGAGAUAUGAUUGUUGUGCAGUUAUUACUGGAAGUACAAUUGUAGUCAUGGGAGGUGUGAAUGAAUAUAAUAGAUAUCUUAAUUCAGUGGAGUGUUUUACAAUGGGAGGGUCUUCAUGGAAGUAUCUUCCCAGCAUGAACAAAGAAAGGUCCGCAGCAGUUGCUGAAGUUCUACCUUUAACAAGGAAAGAUGUUCAUGUCUGACAUUUGCCUAUAACGUUUGUUCGGAAAUUUAUAUCAGAUCGUUUUUUUCAGAGGUAAAAUUCCACGCAUUUCUCUACCUAAGCUGGGAUUUCUGACUGAGGGUGAAGUAAUACGAGUAACAAAGUUUCUCCAAGCAACAUGUAAAUGCUGAUUCCAACGCCAUGUUAUGAUCAAAAUGUUUUUGCAUAUUUUCUUGUCCCGUUUAGCUAAGUUAUGCCCAAACAAUUUUUUUAAACCAGCCUUUGUUGCAGUUGAAGCCAUUGUGUUGUUCGUAUUGCUAUGUAUCUCUGCUCAAACAGGAGAAACUAUUUUAAAGUCAAAAACAGCUAGUGAUAUACAGUUGUUAGAAGUAAAAACAUUAAUUGACAAAUCAUUAUUUGGGGGGCUAAGCACAUUUUACUUUUUGAUACUGAAUUAUACUUUAGCACCGGUGUGUUUCAAGAAAAGUAGACUGCACUUUAUCAAUCGAUAGCUUAACAUAUGUAUAUGUCUUUCACGGAAAAUAAAGUACAAUUUUUAAUCAUAUUAUCUCAGGUUUAUACAGAAAUUGUUCAUCUUGUCAAUAAUAAGAAAGCUGUGGAUACAACUACCUUUGCAGAUACAACUACCUGAAAAAUACAAG